AUGCUUCUGCGAACAGCCCAAUUGCAUUGCCGCAUUGCGCACCAAAACUUCUCGAGGUCUCGCGUGCCUAUUCCUAGCCCAUUACGCCCGGGAGCUCAUCGCUAUGGAGGACUGCCCUACUGUGAAUUCUCGACGAGAGGGAGAUUGUCCAAAGAUCAAUAUGGCCCGUCGAGAACAGUCGGGCAACCUAUUGCAGGGACGACAUCUUCCCCUGAUAAAGUAGGGAGUGCCGUGGCGAAGGAUGUGGUAAGCGCAUCAAAAUCGGGCAGCAAAAAACCGAGCACCUUGCUCUCUGAGACCACCGUCACAUUGAAGGAGCAAAGAAAAGUGGACUGGGCUAUCAUGAAAGAAAUGGCAAAAUAUCUCUGGCCUAAGCAGGACGAUUGGAACACGAAACUUCGGGUUGGGAUAGCGUUAUCUCUUCUCGUUGGCGGAAAGAUCCUCAAUGUUCAAGUCCCAUUUUACUUCAAAAGUAUAGUUGACUCUAUGAAUGUUGAUUUCGCAGCAAUAGGCGGAACUGCCUGGACAGUCGGAGGGGCUAUGAUAAUAGCAUAUGGUGCGACGAGGAUUGGGGCAACAUUAUUUCAGGAAUUAAGAAACGCAGUGUUUGCCAGCGUCGCCCAAAAAGCAAUUCGAAAGGUAGCACGCAAUGUCUUUGACCAUCUCCUGAAACUUGACUUGAACUUCCACUUGAGCCGCCAGACAGGAGGCCUCACACGCGCCAUUGACAGAGGCACAAAGGGGAUCAGCUUUCUGUUAACGUCAAUGGUGUUCCAUGUGUUGCCGACAGCAUUAGAAAUCUCAAUGGUCUGCGGAAUUCUGACUUAUCAAUAUGGCCCAAAAUUUGCUGCAAUCACCGCUGCCACAAUGCUAGCUUACACCGCUUUCACCAUUACUACCACAGCCUGGCGAACCAAGUUUCGAAAGCAGGCAAAUGCGGCCGAUAAUCAAGGGGCAACGAUAGCAGUUGAUUCUUUAAUUAACUACGAAACUGUGAAAUACUUCAAUAAUGAACAGUUUGAAGUAUCUCGAUAUGACCAGGCAUUAAGGAAAUAUGAGGCUGCCUCAAUUAAGGUCACGACUUCGUUAGCGUUUUUGAACUCUGGUCAAAACAUGAUCUUCUCAAGUGCACUCGCUGCCAUGAUGUACCUGGCGUCUGACGGCGUGGCUACAGGGCAGUUAACAGUUGGUGAUCUUGUUAUGGUCAACCAACUGGUAUUUCAGCUAUCCAUGCCUCUAAAUUUCCUAGGAUCCGUAUACCGAGAGCUGAGGCAGUCAUUGAUGGAUAUGGAAACUCUGUUUAAUCUCCAAAAAUUCAAUAUUAACGUUAAGGAGGCUCCCGAUGCUAAACCAUUACAGCUUCGGCAGGGUGGAGAAAUCCGAUUCGAGAACGUUACGUUUGGUUAUCUUCCAGAGAGACCUAUCCUGAAGAACGUAUCCUUCACAAUUCCAGCUGGCAAAAAGAUCGCUAUCGUUGGGCCAAGCGGAUGCGGAAAGUCCACCAUUCUUCGACUCCUUUUCCGAUUCUAUGACGUGCAUGAGGGCCGUAUUUUGAUUGAUGGCCAAGAUAUCCGUGGUCUGACUGUGGCCAGUCUAAGGAAGGCAAUUGGAGUUGUGCCGCAGGAUACCCCUCUAUUCAAUAACACUAUUGAACAUAAUAUUCGAUAUGGCAAGAUCGAUGCCACUACGGAGGAAGUUAAAAUGGCUGCACAACGAGCCCAUAUCCACGAACUUAUCGAGCGAUUACCUGCAGGGUAUGAUACGCCAGUCGGAGAGCGAGGAAUGAUGAUAUCAGGCGGUGAAAAACAGAGGCUAGCAGUCUCGCGGUUGAUAUUAAAGGAUCCGCCGUUGCUCUUCUUCGAUGAAGCAACAUCUGCUCUUGAUACAUAUACUGAGCAAGCCUUACUCCAAAACAUCAACAGUAUUCUAAAGGACAAGGCCAGGACAAGUGUGUUUGUAGCCCAUCGCCUUCGCACAAUCUACGACAGUGACCAAAUUAUCGUUUUAAAGGAUGGUCAUGUUGUGGAGAGUGGUAGCCAUAUCGAGCUCCUCGAACUAGGCGGCGUAUAUGCAGAGCUUUGGAACACCCAAGAGAUGGACAUUGCCAGCUCAUGA